AAAGUCAAUUACAUGCAAUGACACUUUUCGGCCACCAGCCCCCCACUGAAAAUCCGCUUAUGAUUUUCACUAGCUGUUAAAAGUGACAGUGGCGCAAAAAGCCGUCUAUUUGUCAGCAAGCCAUUAUACAGUCGAAUCCAUUCUUGUGAGCAUGAGUAACAUCUGCUGUCAGCCAGCGUCACAGCUCCUCAGUGCGUGCGUGCGCGCGCGUGGCCACGGUGGAGAUAAGCACACCGCACAGGCGGCAUGCUGGAGGUCAACGAACAAAACAGACAUCCUCCAGAAAACGCAACAUUUUCCUACUUUAAGAUCGCGCAGACCUUCUUCUUUCUAUAAGUCCUUGGUAUUUUUUUUUUUUUUGCACAUGACACGUCUUGUGCCUGGCGAGCACUGGACAAGUGAGCCUUUCAGAGCAGCACUGUUGCUCUCUUGCAAGCCGAGCAGGAGAUGCUCCUCUAAAUUCCACGAGAAGAAAGCGCAAGAGUGUCCUCUGCGGGGAGCUCGGCAAUGCGGCUCCUCACACUAGUUUUGGGAGAAUUUGGUCUCAUCUAAUCAGCCUGUUAGACACUCAGUCACUAGAGGGUCACCAGUACAUCAGCCAGUCUCCUUCUGGGCUGCCAGGGAUAUCCUUCUGCCUGCACUCAUCCAAACAAGAAAGAACAGCAAUUCGCCAAAGGGGUGUGAAUGCGUUUGCAUGAUUCGGAACGCCUCUAGGAUAGUUUCAAGAUGCGGAAUUGUGUACGUGUGUAUCACGGUUGAGAAAGCUCGUCUAGUGUGAGGAAGCGGGUGUAGCGCUGACCAGGCUAUGACCGCCUGUGGAUGCUGAGUUGAGAGACGGGAGCUGAACCGGAGGCUCGCUGAGGAGUCACCAUGGGGCUUGGACAGUCCAGCAAGUCUCCCGUCAAGGGUGACACCGACGAGGUCAACUUUGACAAUUUCCAGAUCCUCAGAGCAAUAGGAAAAGGAAGCUUUGGAAAGGUUUGCAUCGUCCAGAAGAAAGACACGAAGAAAAUGUACGCCAUGAAGUACAUGAAUAAGCUGAAAUGUGUGGAGCGUAACGAAGUGAGGAAUGUCUUGAAAGAGCUGCAGAUCAUGCAGAACCUGGAGCAUCCCUUCCUGGUGAACAUCUGGUAUUCCUUCCAGGAUGAGGAGGACAUGUUUAUGGUGGUAGAUUUGCUCCUCGGAGGAGACCUGCGUUAUCACCUGCAGCAGAAUGUCCAUUUCUCAGAGAACACAGUCAAACUGUACAUCUGCGAACUGGCCUUGGCCCUGGGUUACCUGCGCUCCAAACAUAUAAUACACAGAGACAUCAAGCCUGACAACAUACUACUGGAUGAACAUGGUCACGUCCAUCUAACAGACUUCAACAUUGCAGCCAUUGUGAAAGAUGACCUUAAGGCCACAUCCAUUGCAGGGACCAAGCCAUACAUGGCUCCUGAGCUGUUCCAGAUCUUUGAAGGCUCCCAUCCUGGUUACUCCUUCUCGGUGGAUUGGUGGUCAUUGGGCAUCACAGCUUACGAACUGCUUAGAGGGCAGAGACCCUAUGUGAUGAGGUCCAGCACUCCAGCCAAUGAAAUCCUUCACACGUUCCACAAGGUGCACCUCAGCUUCCCAGCGGCAUGGUCCUCAGAGAUGAAGUCACUUCUCAGAAAGGUAUCCCGCACCAAAUGUAUCUCAUCGGCAGUGGCGGUCUUGGCAGUUUUGGGGCCUAGGGCGAACAAAUCCAGGGGCCCGCUUCAUGAGUCAGGGGUUAAAAAGUUGCUGUGCAUAGACGUCCAAAAGCGCAUUUCCUGUCUAGCAGAGCUGCAGGAUCUUGACUACAUGUCGGACGUCAGCUGGGACACUGUGCUUGGCAAACAGAUUCCUCCGGGCUUUAUUCCCAAUAAGCGUCGACUAAACUGUGAUCCUACAUUUGAGUUGGAGGAGAUGAUCCUGGAGUCCAAACCUCUGCACAAAAAAAAGAAAAGGCUCGCUAGAAAGACCAGGGAUCAGGGUUCUGACGGAUCACCACAGAAUGGUCAGUUGCAGCAACGUUUGGAUAAUGUGCAGAGAGACUUUAUUAUCUUCAACAGAGAAAAGUCAACGAAAGCGGUUCUGGAUUCGGACUCGACUGAACUAUCCACAAGUAACAAAAACAAAGCAAUAGAGGACGGUCAGAACAAUAAUGUGGAACCUGUCGACUUUUUAUCAGGAUAAGACAACCAGACUCCGUAUCUCCCCCAACCUGUCCUCCUUAUCUCUCAAUUUUGCUUGUACAGUAGAUCAGCGCUAGCAGUAUAGCGUCACCCCCAGUGAUAAUAGCGGGCCGCUACGUUGCAUCAACGAACAGAGCCAAGACUUGAGUACAGGGUGAGAAAAUUGACUCUAAAGACAUGUUUUUUGGUCUGAAAAACUGGGAUGUACAGUAUGUCACGUCAUGCUACUUUUCACCGGAAGAGACAAUCUCAUACCUAUGGAGCAAAUGUGGAGCUAAUGGUCUUGGUUUUCAUUUGAAAGUUUGUAUCAAUGUUUUGCUAGUCUCAACGUUGGAGCAUGAAUCCUGCCGAUUUUGCUUGAAAUACAACACAUGAUGUAGGUUAUAAUGUCUGCUUUUGUGCUCCACACAAUUUUGAACUACUUAAUCAAAUUUAAGUGUCAGAGCAUUUUUAUUAUGCAAUGACGUUAAAUGUAGCACUAGCUGUUUUUACUGGUUCAUUUUGAAAAAUAAAAUUAUCGCAAACGCGUAAAUAGUGAGGCAUCACGGCAGAGUGACAAACAGUAAAGGUAAAAAGGACACGCAACAUUUUGGCAUCCUUCUACUUGUCUGUCAAUGCCAGAGGUGGGUAGUAACACGUUUCAUUUACUCCAUUACAUUUACUUGAGUAACUUUUUGAGAAAAAUGUAGUUCUUAGUUUUACUAAAUUUUUACGUCAGUAGAUUUGUGAAGAAGAAAUGCUACUCUUACUCCGCUACUUUGGGCUACACUCGUCGUUACAUUUUUCGUCUUUAUUCUACAUAUUAGAUUUUACAUUUUUAUGCCAGAAAUGCCAACAGUGACGUUACCAGGUUCAACAAAAAUGAGACGUUGCAACAAUAAUCAUAUGACUCAUUAUACCAAUCAGUGUCAAGCUUGCCAUUCUAUGAUCAAGCCGGCCUGUUCAAUCACGUGGCGUCUUUAAAGCACAUUUAAAAUUCUUUUAAUUCAAUAAUUUUAUUUAAAUUUUAAUAAAUACACUACCGUUCAAAACCAAACUUUUGAACCGUAGUGUAUAAGGGUGUAACGGUACAUGUAUUUGUAUUGAACCGUUUUGGUAUGGGGUACUCGGUUCGGAACGGAGGCGUACCGAACGAGUUUCUGACGUAAUGUAACCCUUACUUUUCGAGGCUGUGAGUCGAUCGGGUUACAGUUUCUUUGUGUAGAUUAUAUUUACUCCGUCUUCUCUACUAUAAUGAGGACCAACACGGUAGGACAGUAUAUAACCCAGAAACGUCAACGGCGUGACAACGUGGCCGCCCCGAGAACGCAGUGAAACGCGGGCGUUAAAGUUAAUCAGCCAAUGCAUGUUAAACGCGUCCCAGAAGCGGCUCAACUAGACGUAUGCGAAAAGAACGGCAUAGUUUAUUAUUUGACGCAAGACGCAGCCGUCCUGCGUCAAUACUACUAGCUAGAAUCGGGCAGACCGGAAGUCACUCGUGUAAAAAUACGGUGGAUCCGGUCGAUUUUCAAACUAAUAUGCAAUCCUGAUCGAUCGGGUCCGAUCGCGUCAUUUUCAAAGUAUCGGAAUCGGCAAAAAAAUAUCGAACAUGCCUUUUUUUAAUAUAUAUAUAUAUAUAUAUAUAUAUUUUUUUUUAAUUAAAUCGUUUUCUAAUUGUAUUUAACGUUACAGACAUAAUGUGUUACACUCUUCCAGAGUCUGUAGUUUUAGCUUAAGGUAGGGUUAUCAAAUUUAUCGCGUUAACGCCGAGAAUUAAUAUUUUUUACAUUUACCACGUUACAAUAUUUAACACAGUUAACGCAUGCGCUGCACGACCCACUCACGCAUUGUCGCGUUCAAUCUAUAAUGGCGCCGUUUUACCCAUACAGUAUAUAGAGCUAACAGUCAGCGUAAGAUGAGUAGAGUGAAUUUUGGCAGCCUUUGGAGCCUUCUUUUAAAUGGCCAAAGCCUUACAAUCCCUCUCCCAACGAUUAGAAUAAUCGUCGGACUCAAUGUGGGGAAGAAAGUUAGUAGUUGAUCUUUUUCUUAAGACCCUAUGUUAUUCCCAACGCAGAGAAGAUAUAUCAAUUGGUACCACGUCGCACAGUCAUGGUUGCACUUCCCAUCAUGCAUUUGGGCAAAAGUUAAAUGGCUACAGUAUCAUUUACUGAAAGCUCAACAAUUACACUAGAUGGCAAUAUUCAGUCACAAUAUACAAAGUAACAUUUAUCCUUUAAGAAUUACAAGUCUUUCUAUCCGUGGAUCCCUCUCACAGAAAGAAUGUUAAUAAUGUAAAUGCCAUCUUGAGGAUUUAUUGUCAUAAUAAACAAAUAGAGUGCUUAUGUACUGUAUGUUGAAUGUAUAUAUUCGUCCGAGUUUUAUUUAUUUUUUUCUUAAUGCAUUGCCAAAAUGUAUAUGAUCGGGAAAAAUUAUCGAGAAUGAUUGGAAUUGAAUCGGGAGCAAAAAAAAAAAAAAAGCAAUCGGAACGGGAAAUAUCGGGAUCGGCAGAUACUCAAACUAAAAAUAUCGGGAUCGGAUCGGGAGCAAAAAAACAUGAUCGGAACAACCCUAAUAAUAACAGUUAAUAUUGAUGACAACAAAAAUACUAUACCAAAACACUUAAACAGUUACUCACAAUGUUACUCAUUACUUGAGUAUUCUUUACACCAUACUUUUUACUUGUUGGAUGACUACUUUUACUUUUAUUUGAGUAAUAUUAUUUUGAAGUAACCCUACUGUUAUUUGAGUAAAAUCUUUGGCUACUCUACCCACCUCUGGUCAUUGUCCAGAAUGAAAAGUUUAACCUUUACCAAAAGCCUCACCUAAAAGUGCCAAAAAUGAAAGUUGUAUGGAUGGCAUAUCUUGGUCCCGUUCCCAAUUUUGACAAUAGAAAUGGAAAAUGUGUGAAGUACUGAGCUGACUCCAAAUCUUGUAUAAAGUAAGAAACUUUGUCAAGGUUUUUAUUUUGAUUCUUUUUUUUUUUUUUAAAUAAAAGUCCUUUCUAAUAUGCUUGUUUUGUACAUGAUUGAAGCCCUCCCCUCACUUUAACAUAGUUUUUAUUUUCAAAAUGGCACCAAAGAUAGAAUUGUAUGUUAGAACAGACUUGGGUCUGAGUCAGAGGCGGAACUUAGGGGGUGUGACCUGGUUGGCGGGCGUAUAGUGAUCGUGGUUGGGCGAGGGGACUUGAGCAACUAGAGCUCUGGCUGUGCGUAUAUUCUAGGAUCUAUUUAUUUUAAUUUAUAUAAAAUAUUUGUUAUUUUUUGUUAAUUUAUUUAUUUUCACAUUAUAUUCAUGUUCCAAUUUGCAAAUAUGUUCUGAAAAAAAAUCCUGUUCAAUGGAAAAAAGUUUUUUUUUUUUUUUUUUUAAACC